UGUUAUAAUAAGUUUUGUAAUAUGAGUAUUCAUUGUUGAUACAUUCGAACAGGGAUAUUAAAUUUUGUUUUAAUAAGGGGUAUUGGAUUACAAAAAAAAACAAAAGCUGAUAGUUGUUGAUUUUGUUGCUAACAGUUGUUAAGCGAGUAUUAUUUUGAAGAGAGUUAUGAGUAAUUUGCGACUGCAGAAGAGAUUGGCGGCUUCCAUUAAGGGUUGCGGUAAGCGCAAGAUAUGGAUGGAUCCGAACGAGUGCUUUGCUAUUGCCGAGGCUAAUACUCGUCUGGGGGUGCGGAGAUUGCUGAACGAUGGGUACAUCAUAAUGAAGCCUAACGCGAUGCACUCCAAGUACAGAGUCCGAAAGACCAAAAGGGCCCGACAAUUGGGAAGACACAGCGGCUUCGGUAAGCGCAAAGGGACCGCAAACGCGAGGACCAAUACGAAGAGGACAUGGACGGUUCGCACGCAAAUUCUGCGACGCCUGCUGCGAAAGUACAGACAGGCCAAGAAAAUUGACAAGCAUUUCCACAGCCAGCUCUAUAUGAAAGUGAAGGGAAAUCAUUUCAAGAACAAGCGCGUCUUGAUCGAGUACAUUUUCAAGAAGAAGGCGAACAUGGCUAGGACCAAGUUGCUUGCUGACCAGGCGGAGGCCCGCAGGACCAGAGCUCGCGAAGCACGACACAGGAGGAUGCUGCGUAUCGCCAUGAGGAAGAAGGAGCUGGCUUCGGAGGACAAGAAGGAGGAGGUGGUUGCUGUGCCGGAGGGUGGAGAUACCAGUGCUCCGGAAGAUAUGACCAACGUAACUGGUAGGAAGAAAAAAAAUAAGUAGUGUUAAUUUUUUUUCAAAAUGUUAUGUAUUUGUUUAAAUGUAGAAAAUUUGCUUUGGGUUUAUGUUCAUAAACAAGAUUAGUAUGUGGGAGUAGGGAAGUUUACAUUAGACUAGGUACGAAAUUUACGAAAAA